CAGUGUUCCUGUUUUACCUUAGACUGACUUCAGAGGCCUGGACUACGAAGCAAGAUUUGGGGUUAACGAGACCUCAGAUCAGAAGAUGAGUGAUUGGGAGGAAGAGGAGGAUGGAGAGUCUGGCUGUCUGUCUAUGAAGAGUGACCGGUCCAGAGAUCCUCCUCCAGACUUCAGUAAUGAACCUGGACCCUCAGACACAAAAGAGAGGAGUGAUGUUUCUGAGGAGGAGCAGUUGUCUAGAACCAGAACCAGAACUGGACUGCAGACAGCCAAUCAGAACAACUCUGAACAAAUGAAUGUUGGUCGUCAGAAACAUAAGAUCAGACUGAAGGAGACAUUUGAACGUGUGACUGAAGGAGCUGAAACAGGAAGUAGAACCCUACUCAACAGGAUCUACACUGUCCUCUACAUCAUAGAGGGACAGAGUGAAGAGGUUAAUACCCAACAUGAGGUGAGGCAGCUUGAGACAGCUUCCAAGAAGAAGAUCCUCCAUGACUCUCCAAUCAAGUGCUGUGACAUCUUUAAAGCCUUACCUGAUCAACAGAAACACAUCAGAGUGGUUCUGAUGAUCGGCGUCGCUGGCGUUGGAAAAACCUUCUCAGUGCAGAAGUUCUGUCUGGACUGGGCCGAGGGUUUGGAGAACCAAGAUAUCAGUCUGGUGAUUCCUCUUUCCUUCAGGGAGCUGAACUUGAUCAAAGAUGAGCAGUACAGUCUUCUGGAGCUGCUCCGUGUUUUCCAUCCAACAUUACAGGAGGUCCCAGCAGAGCAGCUCGCUGGCUCUAAAGUUCUCUUCAUCUUUGACGGCCUGGAUGAAAGCAGACUUUACCUGGAUUUCAACAACAAUGAGGCUGUUUCUGAUGUCACACAGAAGUCAUCAGUCAACGUGCUGUUGACAAACCUCAUCCAGGGGAAGCUGCUUCCCUCGGCUCUCGUCUGGAUAACUUCCCGACCUGCAGCAGCCAAUCAGAUCCCUCCUGCGUGCGUUGACAGGGUAACAGAAGUACAAGGCUUCACUGAUGCCCAGAAGGAGGAGUACUUCAGGAAGAGAGUCAGUGAUGAAGAGCUGUCCAGCAGAAUCAUCUCCCACAUCAAGACCUCCAGGAGCCUCGACAUCAUGUGUCUGAUCCCAGUCUUCUGCUGGAUCACUGCUACAGUUCUGGACCACAUGUUGACUGCAGACCAGAGAGGAGAGCUGCCCAAGACCCUGACUGACAUGUACUCACACUUCCUGCUGGUUCAGACAAAGAGGAAGAAGCUCAAGUAUGCUGAGGGACAUGAGACGAGUCCACAGGAGCUGACGGAGGCUGACGGGGAAGUUCUUCUGAAGCUGGGGGAGGCUGGCGUUUGA